UAGGCGGCAUCAUUUAGCCUCCCUGGUUACACCGUCGCCGGCCCUAUUCCCUAUUCCUACGGAAGGGUUGCUCGUUGCUACUGCGACUCGCCCUCCAUGGUUCGACGGUACGCAGUUCAUCUGCCGAGCACCCUGCCGCAGCGGCAGAUCUUGCGCAGGAGAGGCUUUCGGUUGUCAGGGCCAGGUUGCGACGGCGGGCUCUCCCCAAUUCAACUAAAGCUUCAAAAUACAGAUGCCACAUGCUAUGUACAGUGCAAGCAGCAUCUCCCUGCGAUACGAGCAGUGUCGCGAUGCCCAGGCCCAACUAGACUUACAGCUAACAAAAAAAAAAAAAAAAAAGAACAACAGAGCGAGGGGAAAAUACCGCGUGUUCAAGCGCCGGCUUUCUCUCUAACAACAGUAGGCGUUCUGCUAGAUGACACGAACAAUUCAGCUGCCCGAUCGAAGCCCACUUAUCCGCCAACCAUUGCUGCUCAGUGUCAUGUCUCUUUCGGCGAUGCUAUCGUAAAAAAAAGUUGGAGUUCGGCGUCCUGGCGGCGCUUCUUCCCUGGGGCGUGGCGUUUUCCAGCUAGCGGGCGAAGGCUUUUCUUUCGGUGUCCAGAUCGAAACAGGCUCUUUUUGGGGAGGGCCCACCUGAGAAUGCCCCGGCAAAGGUCUUGGGGAAGGGGGGAAUUCAUGAAACUAAAACUAGGCUUAGAAGUGCCGCCGAGUCGUACAAGGACGUGGCGAUAGGGAUAACAGCCCCCCCUUCGAGCGAGAUGAGCGAGAUGAAGCAGACGCAGGGCCUCCCCCCUU